GGAUUCGCGUUCGCGCCAAGUGCCGAAAUGUGCGCACGCGGCGGCCGCGAUGCGCGGGAAACGCUCAGUCGUAAUCGACGAGAGCGCGCGCGAGCACGCGGCCACGCCACCGCGCGCAUUUUAGGUUAGAGUUGGCGCGUUUUGCCCAUCCGCCAGGUGCGAAACGACAUAGUCGCCCCCGCUCGCACGCAUCACCGCCCGCAUCCUCCCUCUCGCUCCCUACCUGCACAUAACAGCUGUUUUCUCCGGAGAUUAGUCAGAUGUUUCUCGCGAACCAGUCGAGGCUCACCUGACACAUUGCUAUGGCCGCCGGAGGUCGCACACCCAAGCAGAGAAGACUAGAGAUGUCCGUCGGCAUGGCAGCCUUGAGGAACGUGUCCAACACGCCGAGGAGGCGUCGCGGAAGCUGCAAGUGUUUGUUUGGCGCGCCCGACCGCGACGAGACGAAUCGCCUGAUGCAGGAACAGUACGCGAGAGAAAGGAAGCGGUUCAUCAGGAGAUUCAACUUCGACAUCGAGACGGAGUGCCCGUUCAAAGCCGCCAAAUUGGACUCGCCAGUGAAGUUCUGUGAUGAGGAUAAGGAGAACUCGAGGAGUCCCAUCAGAUCGGCCGCGGAAGCGUUGGCGUGUGUUGGGAACACAGACCUGAGGGUGUUGGGGUCUCCUUCCAGGAGGACCGGGAGUGCUGGCAGCUCUCCCCGCACCCCGCGCACCCCCCGCACGCCGAGGGCAGCCCGGACCCCGCGCACCCCUCGAACUCCCGCCUCCAGAAGACAAUUGCAAAUGACUGAUUACUGGACUCUGAGGAAACACGCCGAUGCUGCGUCUAGUGACAAAGAAAAUUAGUUAGAUAACUAAUAAAUACCUCUAUGAUAAACAGAAGCGAGAGACGUCUAUAUUAUACAUAUUUGCACUGUGGAUUUUAUUUCUUUUGUUAUGUAAUUUUUGGGGUUUCCUUACUUGUACACUUUUGCGCUUCAACAUUCGAAAUGUAACGCAUAAUUUAUACCGAAUUAUCUUUUGUUACACGUCUCUCUCUAUUGUAAUAUAAAAUAUUUUGUAAUAAAAUUAUAUUUAACAUAAUAAAUGACGAAAUAUUAAGGCCCUGUAGAAUCUAGUCUGUGAUCUCCGCAAUAAUUUUUCUUUCGUCCAAAGAAAGACGAAUAGAAACAGCUUCCUAUGUUAAUAACGAUGUCCUUUAGUAUAAGCUUAGUUGUAGAAAGAAAAGGUAUAAAAUAUUGCAACUUUUGUAUAUGUAGAGACACAUUUCAGUGUCUAAACUCUCUUUAGCUGAUGCAUUUUAGAAAAAAUAUUGUAACAUUAUUUGAAACUACAAUAAAUAAACACGUUAAUUUUGAGCAAAUUAACAUUGUAGUAAUGAAUUGUAAUUUCAGUCAGUGUAACUUAAAAGCAAUGUAUUUGUUAAUCAUAAUACUUUAUUUUAUUGUAACUAGUAUCAAUAUCAAUUUUGUCAUUAUUGAAACUUUUUCAGCGAAUAACAUUUAAUUCGUUUUAUAUUGAUUUGAACAUAAAACCUAUAAAUUUUGUAUUGUGUCCUCAUCAAAUUAAAUAUUUAAGUUGCAAAUAAAAAAUAUUUUAAUUAUUAUUUACUAAGUACCGCAUGAAACAUGCGGUUUAUCUUUAAUUUAAAUAAAUAUUAUUGUUUAAGAAUCACACAUAGGUACGGACACAAUAUUUUGAGAACUUAAAUAUUAUAGUCUCCAGUGUUUAAACACAAGGUAAUAAGUAAAUAAUAAAUAAAUUUUGCAACACAAAUUUUCGACUAUACUACAGCGAAAUAAAUUUUUAUUUAACUUAUGAAAUACCACGAAAUGUUAAAUCAU